GGGGCGCGGCGGCGGGCUGAGGAGCUGCUGGGCGGCGGCGGCGGCUGCGGGCUGGGAGCAGCCGGGUGGGAGCGGUGUGGGCGCGGGGUCACCAGCCGGCGCGAACCUGGACAUGGAGCCGCCCGGCGGGGGCCUGGGACCGGGCCGCGGGACCCGGGACAAGAAGAAGGGCCGGAGCCCGGACGAGCUGCCCGCGGCGGGCGGCGACGGCGGCAAAUCCAAGAAAUUUACUCUGAAGCGACUCAUGGCAGAUGAGCUGGAGAGAUUUACCAGCAUGAGAAUUAAGAAGGAGAAGGAAAAGCCCAAUUCUUCUCAUAGAAAUUCAUCAUACGGGGAUGAUCCCUCAGCACAGUCAUUGCAAGAUAUUUCAGAUGAGCAAGUUUUAAUACUUUUUGAACAGAUGCUGGUGGACAUGAACCUGAAUGAGGAGAAACAGCAACCUUUGAGAGAGAAGGACAUUAUUAUCAAGAGGGAGAUGGUGUCCCAAUACUUGCACACCUCCAAGGCUGGCAUGAGCCAAAAGGAGAGCUCUCGGUCUCCCAUGAUGUACAUUCAGGAGUUGAGGUCAGGCUUGCGGGAUAUGUCUCUGCUCAGCUGCCUGGAGUCCCUUCGUGUCUCCCUCAACAACAACCCCGUCAGCUGGGUGCAAACAUUUGGUGCUGAGGGCCUGGCCUCCUUGCUGGACAUCCUUAAACGACUCCAUGAUGAGAAAGAGGAGACUGCUGGGAGCUAUGAUAGCCGUAACAAGCAUGAGAUCAUUCGCUGCUUGAAAGCUUUUAUGAACAACAAGUUUGGAAUCAAGACCAUGUUAGAGACAGAAGAAGGAAUCCUGCUGCUGGUCAGAGCCAUGGAUCCUGCUGUUCCCAACAUGAUGAUUGAUGCAGCUAAGCUGCUUUCUGCUCUUUGUAUCCUACCACAGCCAGAGGACAUGAAUGAAAGGGUUUUGGAAGCCAUGACAGAAAGAGCUGAGAUGGAUGAGGUGGAACGUUUCCAGCCACUGCUGGAUGGACUAAAAAGUGAGACCUCCAUUGCACUCAAGGUGGGAUGCCUACAGCUAAUCAAUGCUCUCAUCACACCAGCUGAAGAACUUGACUUCCGAGUUCACAUCCGAAGUGAACUGAUGCGCUUGGGGCUGCAUCAAGUGUUGAAGGAUCUUCGGAAGAUUGAAAAUGAUGAUAUGAGAGUGCAACUAGCUGUGUUUGAGGAGCAAGGGGAUGAAGAUUCCUUUGACCUGAAGGGACGGCUGGAUGACAUUCGAAUGGAGAUGGAUGAUUUCAGUGAAGUCUUUCAAUUUCUCUUAAACACGGUGAAGGACUCAAAGGCAGAGCCAUACUUCCUGUCCAUUCUGCAGCACCUACUCUUAGUCCGAAAUGACUAUGAGGCCAGACCGCAGUAUUAUAGGUUGAUUGAAGAAUGUAUUUCUCAGAUAGUUUUGCACAAGAAUGGGGCUGAUCCUGACUUCAAGUGCCGGCACCUCCAGAUUGAUAUUGAGGGAUUGAUUGAUCAAAUGAUUGAUAAAACAAAGGUAGAGAAAUCUGAAGCCAAAGCUACAGAGCUGGAAAAAAAGCUGGAUGUAGAGUUAACAGCCCGACAUGAGCUACAGGUGGAAAUGAAAAAGAUGGAAAGUGACUUCGAGCAGAAGCUCCAGGAUCUUCAGGGAGAAAAGGAUGCAUUGGGUUCUGAAAAGCAACAGAUUGCCACCGAGAAACAGGACCUGGAAGCAGAGGUGUCUCAGCUCACAGGACAGGUUGCCAAGCUGUCCAAGGAAUUGGAAGAUGCCAAGAAAGAAAUGGCUUCUCUCUCUGCUGCAGUUACUGCUGUAGCCCCUCCCAGCAGUGCUACUGUUCCCCCUGCCCCUCCUCUGCCUGGUGACUCUGGCACUGCUAUUCCACCCCCACCUCCUCUUCCUGGGGGUGGCAUCAUUCCUCCUCCACCACCUCCCCCUCCUUUGCCUGGGGGUGCUGCCAUCCCCCCACCCCCUCCUUUGCCUGGGGGUGCUGCCAUCCCCCCACCCCCUCCUUUGCCUGGGGGUGCUGCCAUCCCCCCACCCCCUCCUUUGCCUGGGGGUGCUGCCAUCCCCCCACCCCCUCCUUUGCCUGGGGGUGCUGCCAUCCCCCCACCCCCUCCUUUGCCUGGGGGUGCUGCCAUCCCCCCACCUCCUCCUCCCUUACCUGGUGGACCAGGAAUGCUGCCUCCUCCUCCCCCUCUUCCUGGUGGUACUGGAAUCCCCCCACCCCCGCCAUUUCCUGGAGGCCCUGGCAUUCCUCCACCUCCACCAGGAAUGGGUAUGCCUCCACCUCCCCCUUUUGGAUUUGGAGUUCCUGCAGCCCCAGUUCUGCCAUAUGGACUAACCCCAAAGAAGCUUUAUAAGCCAGAGGUACAGCUCCGGAGGCCAAACUGGUCCAAGUUUGUCGCUGAGGACCUUUCCCAGAACUGCUUCUGGACAAAGGUGAAGGAGGACCGCUUUGAGAACAAUGAACUUUUCGCCAAACUUACCAGUGCCUUCUCUGCGCAGACCAAGAGUGAGUCCCUUCCUCAUUCAUGCAAAAAGGGCCAAUGUGUAGUAUUUAGAAUAUCCUAUAAAUGGAUUUCCCAUCUUUUUCCCUUCCCUGGGUGAGGGUUGAAGAGAGAU